AGACAGUAAAAUUGGCUUCUUAAACUUGAGGCCAUAACUCUUUCUCUCUCUACCUCUCUUUCUCUCUCUAGUGCUUCAUCAUCUUCUGCUUCUUCUUCUUCUGCAGAAGAAGCAGACCUUCAUCAUCCCAUAGACCAGAGCUCAUAAGCCAUGUCUAUCUCUCUCUUCGCACCCAAAACGCCCUACCCAUGUCCUCAGCUACCCUCCACCGCCACCGCCUCCAAGCCCCUCCAGCUCCCUUCUCCGGCCCUUCAGCCCCAGACCCUCCACUGCCCGCCCACCUUCCUCCGCCGGCCCAUAGCCACCCGCCACGUGGCGGCCCUCUGCGCCAGGAAGGCCUCGCAGGGGAUGAAGGAGCAGAAGUGGACCCACGAGGGCGUCAUCGUCGAGUCCCUCCCCAACGGCAUGUUCCGGGUCCGCCUGGACAACGAGGACGUCAUCCUCGGCUACAUCUCCGGCAAGAUUAGGAAGAACUUCAUCAGGAUGCUGCCCGGCGACAAGGUCAAGAUCGAGGUCAGCCGCUACGACUCCACCCGCGGCCGCAUCAUCUACCGCCUCCGUAACAAGGAUUCCGGUGACUAAUCGAUUAUAAAGCCUCCAUCAUUUUAGCUUCUCCUGCUGAAUUCAUGCCAAAAAUUCAUUCUCUGUGUUUGUGGUGGUGAUGAUAUGAAGCUUUUGGCUGAUAGGUUGCUCUCGAGUUGUGAAUUAGCUUAAGAAAUUAUGCAUAUUGCUGAGAAUGAUCCAUCAAAUGAAUGCAAGAUAGCUCUUCUCAUGAUGAAUUCUCUUGUAUGCGAAGAUCACGCUAAGUUUUGAGCUGAUGGGUACUCUUUAAAUUCGUGUAAUUAGCUCGAGGUUCUGCGAAUUGUAAUGGACCCCUCCUGCUGAAUAUGACAAUGAGAGAAGUUGUUUUCCAUAUUGAA